AUGACGGUGCUCACCGCUGCCAUCGACGAGGCUUGUUCCUUCAUCUUACCAAAAGUUCGCGCAUUCAAGGAUGAGAUCCAUAAGGAGGGUGGCAAACCGAAGCCCUUUGUCCUUGGUCUCUCGGGGAUGCAAGGUUCCGGAAAGUCGACAUGGGCGAAGAGCCUCGCUGGAAGGUUGCGCUCUGCCUAUCAACUCAAAACACUAAUCCUGUCCCUUGACUAUUUGUACCAUACCCACGAGAACCUGGUCAAAAUCCGCGAACGAAAUUCAUCGAACAAAUUAUUUCGCAACCGUGGUCAGCCUGGAACACACGAUGAGGCCCUUGCCAAACGGUUCUUCUCGUCCUUGCCGGCUGGCGAAGCCGUCGAUGUGCCUUCGUUCGACAAGAGCAGAUUUGAUGGAGAGGGAGACCGCGUCCCGCAAUUCGAAUGGGAGCACGUGUCUCCUAGCCCACCCGUUGAUGUUAUUAUAUUUGAGGGUUGGUGCUUAGGUUUCCAGGCGAUUUCAGACGAUCAAUUGGAGGAACGCUGGGUCGCCUCAAAGCAAGUCGACACCGCCAUCGUGGACAAAGACACGUUGUCCACCAUUCUGAUGCGUACGCUCGGCUUGGAACACCUGAAAGUCGUGAAUGACAACCUCAAGAGGUACAAUGAAUCGUUUAUGGGCCCAGAGAAGUUUGACUACCUUGUUCACCUUGACACCGAGCAUCUCCACACUGCUUACCGCUGGAGGAUACAACAAGAGGAAGCCUUACGGGCAGUGAAUGGGACCGGCCAGACAGAUGAACAGGUCAUUGCGUUUGUGCAGGCGUACAUGCCGGCCUUUUAG